AUGGGUGACCGUUACAAUAUUCAUAGUCAAUUAGAGCACCUGCAGUCCAAAUAUAUUGGUACAGGACAUGCAGAUACCACAAAAUUUGAAUGGCAAGUAAAUCAACACCGUGACUCGUGCGCUUCAUAUCUAGGCCAUUAUGAUUUAUUAAAUUGGUUUGCAAUUGCUGAAAAUGAAGCUAAAGCAAGAGUACGUUUCAAUUUAAUGGAAAAAAUGUUACAGCCAUGCGGUCCUCCACCAGAAAAACCUGAUGAAUAA